AUGGUAAAUGCCCAAGAAUACUUAGACUCAAAUUAUCCGAAAGGAGGGGUGAGAGAAGCAAUAGAAGGGGAAAUAGACCUUAGCAACCGCAGUUUGGAAGGCGGGUUAAAUUUUGGUGGAUUCAUUAAUGUCCACAAAUUGAAUUUUUCUUUUAAUGAAAUAAGCGGACUUGGUUUUGGAUACGGUGAGAAGAAAUUGGAAGUAUUAGAUGCUUCUCACAAUCGUCUUGGUCCGACUAUUGGAGGAUACAGUUACUCACUUAAAUUUGUCAAUUUUUCUAAUAAUUUUUAUUCGAAAAUUACCCUUGGCAUGAUUUCUCUUACUCAUCUUGAUGUUAGUAAUAAUGCACUAACGAGUUUAAGCAUAGAAAGUUCUGGAAAUUUAACAGAAUUAAAAUGUUAUGGCAAUCCGCUCCUAACUAAUUUAACCCUAGCGCCUAAUCUUAAUAUUAAUUCUUUUAGUCUAUCUGAUUGUCCUGCUUUGUCAUUGUUAAAACCAACCUCAACAACGCCGAGUAGUCCUCAACCAGAGAAUAGUAACGAACUAAGUAAUUCCGACAAAAUUUCCUUAGGCACUGGGCUCGGAGUAGGCAUCCCUGGUUUAAUAUUAACAUUAAUUGGAACUUGGUAUUCUAUUGAUGAGGACAGGCGUUGGAAAAUUAAACGUAAACUAGGGUUUCGAGUUAGUGAAUUACCACCAAGUCAAAAAAAAAAUAUGGAAAGUCGUGGUUAG